GCCGUGCGGGGCGAUGGCGGCGAGCAUGGGGCAGCAGUGGGUCCUCGUAGAGAUGGUGCAGGCCUUUUAUGAGGCUCCAACUUAUCAUCUUAUUUUGGAAGGUAUUUUGAUCCUGUGGAUAAUCAGACUGCUUUUUUCCAAAACAUACAAGCUUCAAGAGCGAUCUGAUCUCACACCUAAGGAAAAGGAAGAGUUGAUUGAAGAAUGGCAGCCAGAACCUUUGGUUCCUCCUGUAUCUAAAGACCAUCCAGCUCUCAACUAUAAUGUUGUUUCAGGGCCUCCAAGUCAUAAAAUUACUGUGAAUGGCAAAGAAUGCAUAAAUUUUGCAUCGUUCAAUUUCCUUGGGCUUCUGGAUAAUGAAAGGGUUAAGAAUGCAGCCCAAGCUUCUCUGUCAAAAUAUGGUGUUGGAACUUGUGGGCCUAGAGGAUUUUAUGGCACUUUUGAUGUGCAUCUUGAAUUGGAGGAGCGGCUUGCCAAGUUUAUGAGGACUGAAGAAGCUAUCAUAUAUUCAUAUGGAUUUGCUACCAUUGCCAGUGCUAUUCCUGCCUAUUCGAAACGAGGGGACAUUGUGUUUGUUGAUGAAGCAGCUUGCUUUGCUAUUCAGAAAGGAUUACAGGCAUCCAGAAGUAACAUUAAGUUUUUUAAGCAUAAUGAUAUGGCUGACCUUGAGCGUCUACUGAAAGAGCAAGAGAUUGAAGAUCAAAAGAAUCCUCGAAAGGCACGUGUAACCCGACGGUUUAUUGUGGUCGAGGGUUUGUAUGUUAACACUGGAGAUGUUUGCCAUCUUCCAGAAUUGGUAAAAUUAAAAUACAAAUACAAAGUGAGGAUAUUUUUGGAAGAAAGUCUUUCCUUUGGAGUAUUGGGAGAACAUGGACGAGGCGUCACAGAACAUUUUGGAAUAAAAAUGGAUGAUAUUGAUCUUAUAAGUGCAAACAUGGAAAAUUCACUGGCCUCUAUUGGAGGAUUUUGCUGUGGAAGAUCUUUUGUUAUUGACCACCAGAGAUUGUCCGGUCAAGGUUACUGCUUCUCAGCCUCUCUGCCUCCCCUCCUAGCUGCUGCUGCUAUUGAGGCCCUGAAUAUCAUGGAAGAAAAUCCAGGUAUUUUCCAUGUUUUACAACAAAAAUGCAAGAAAAUGCAUACAGCUUUAAAGGGGAUUCCUGGUCUACGAGUCAUAGGACAGUCACUUUCUCCAGCAUUACACCUCCAGCUGGAAGAGAGCACUGGAACUCGAGACAGUGACAUGAGGCUGUUGAAGGAAAUUGUGGAUUAUUGUAUGAACAGAGGUAUUGCAUUAACUCAGGCCCGCUAUCUGGAUAAAGAAGAGAAAUAUCUUCCACUACCUAGCAUUCGUGUUGUCGUGACAGUAGAACAAACAGACCUGGAACUGGACAAAGCUGCCUCACUUAUCAGGGAAGCUGCAGAGUCUGUACUGAAUUAAAAUCGGCACUCUGGAAUAUUUGUUUCUUGCACACAGUUGGGAUACCUAUUUUUUACUCUGAGUGGAUUGGCUUACACUCCAAAGGCUCAGGCUUGUGGAUUUAUCAGCUGAUGGAACUGAAAGCUUGACUUUCACUGAGCCAUUCCAGAACAAAUAAAAUGUGUCAAAUAUGGAAAUAAUAAACACUCACUGUUUGUAUAUAACUCAGCUCUGUUUUUAAGUACUGUUUAAAUUGGGGAUCAUUGUUACACUGGUAUUUUACAGUGGUUUAACUUUUGUUCUUAAAGGGCACAAUUCCUUUCCCUAGUUCUGUGAAUGUGUAAAAAGCAAAACAAACUAUUUUUGAGAAUUCACGUGUAAAGCUACUGAGCAUGGAAAGAAUGCAGAAACUUGCAGAAUAUUGUUUAAUUCAACUAUUCUUAAUAAAGUGCAUUGUUUAAAAAAAAAAAACCCUUUCCCACAAAUGUUCCUAUUCUCAUUUUCAGAUGAGAUAAUUAAAUAAUAUGGAAUCCUGCUUUUGAAUUAUAAAUUUAAAUAGCUUAUAUUACAUUGGGUAUAUAGAAAUUUAUACAUUGAUACAUUUUCUAUCUUAUCUAAUAUUGUUUAUGGCUUUUCCCGAAAAGGCAGAUUUCUAAUCAUUUGUCAAAUUUCCAUACGUUGUCUGUUCUCACAACAAAGCUAUUAAUUUUAUAUUACUGGAAAUAUGAAUGGAUCCCCUGAUAUGCCCAUGUAUUCAUCGUGUGUACUGGUAUGCCCUAAUCCAUCAGUUCUGUGGAGACCUGGAGCUCUUAAACGAUACUCAUUUCAGAGAACCCAGCAAUGCCACGUACUCACCAGGGUUUGUGCACAGACCUGCUCCCUUCACUUUGGGCUGAAAGAGAGUGCAUAUGCAGAAUGUCUGUGGGCCUGACACACACACCGGUCUGGCUCUGAGGGAGUGUCUUCAACCAGGAGAAUCAAUACAGAUCCUUUGCCAUAAUCUAGUCGGGCUAUAAAUCGUUGGUGAAGUAAGUUAGGUCAUGAUCUCUCUAUUGUAUACUCUAUUUAUUAGUAAAGUAUGCUAAAAAUCUUAAAUUAGAAAGACGUGUAUUUAAUUUCAGGAGCACAGAUCCCUCCACAUAGUCAGGAAGUUUCUAUUUUCUUACUCAGAAACUGUUUGCAUAUGAUCUCUCUGCUGAGGUUUGCAAUAAAAAAUUUUCUGGUGAGAACAGAUACAGAAGCAGUAGUUCAUAUUACAGCAUACUUUCUUCCCUAUCCUUCAAAUAAUAUGAAUCCUCACAAUAGGUUUUCUGAACUUUUGACAGAGACUCAUUUUAAGACUCUGUACUCUGGAUUGUUUCUACACUCUUGUGCCUUUUUGGUUGCUGCUACAUGGAUUCCAGUAGUAUAUUUGAGACAUAUUUUUUUAAAAUAAAAGCAUAUAUUUGAUUCAGGUUUUGUGUCAUUUCUUCAAACUAGGUUAAUAUUAGGACUUAAAUUCAAUGAGGCUAAAUCUGUUCAGAUAAAAGUAUUUCAUAUUACUGUUUAUUAGAUUUCUAGAUGGCUUUAAGGUAGCCGGUCUAGCUACUUAAAUUUAUGCUGCUGUUCCACUUGAACUAAUUUCAGAGUUCAGUGGUUGUAGUGCCAAAGCCACUUAGCCAAAAUCCCACUGACCUAGCAAAAUGUGGCUUCUGAAUUGUGGCCAAAUAGGCUAAAUGUAGUUUCAUUUGCUGCUUAUGGUUAGGAUGCUGAUUUGAAGCUAAAAAGGCACUUCCUUGCAAAGAGGAGACUAGGAUAUGUAGCUUGACCAGGAGUUUAUCGAUGUUGCAGAAAGAGGAGGGAGGAGGGGGGCGGGAGCAACUAAUGUGCCCAAAGAGGAAAGCAGAAUGUCAGGGUCUGGCACAAUUCACUGUAACACCUCAGUGUCCUGCUUGACCUGGAGACUGGAGCAAAUGUACAUAGUUCACCUUGUAGUGCUAUGAUCAUUGUCUACCAGACUUGAAACUUAAGAGUGGCUUUUCUGGAAGUAAGUGCCCUGAGCUGUCUCUGAUACACGUUUGGACAAAUUUAUGGUUACUAAUGCUUCAGUUGCUGUGUAGCUACAUGAGUUUUCAUGCUGUCAUAGUUCACAAUCCAAUGCAGAUAUAAACCAGUAGCCUCUACUAACAAAAGAGGAAAAAGUUUUAAUUAGAAAUAAUCUGCAGUGGCUUGUGAUCUAAUUUUUUUCUCUUAAGGUGGCUUCGAUCUCUGCAGUUAAUGGUUAAUACCACAAAGAAAAUUACAUAGAUCUAUAAAGAUUAUGCAUGGAUCUCUCCCCCACCCCCAAUUAACUGCUCUGUGAUCUUUAGUUUCUGUUGUUCAGUUGAGAACUAUGGUGGAUGUCUUAUCAGCUAGGCUCAUUCCCAGACUGAUUUUACUGUUUUCAAAAUGAAUAUGGAAUGUAAGUUGAUAUCCAAGGCAAGUUGCAUAUACAGGUUCACAUUUUAGCUUAAGAAUCCUACAGAAAUCACAAUAAAGAAUGUUGUGUCUUUUCAA